GACCGCUACGGCUUCAAGAAAGCCUCCCUAUACAUCACGGCGGAACAGUACGAUGCGUGGAACGUGAAUUACACCAUGCACCUCGAACGCAGGCAGAAGAAGUGGCACGCGCUGAUGAAAUCGUACGGCCUCAACACUGAGCAACCUUUCCGCUUCCCGCCCAAGAGCGACAAGAUCAAACGGUACGUGCGUAAGGGCAUUCCGUCUCAUCUUCGCGGGGCGGCGUGGUUCUGGUAUGCCGGUGGGCCCGGCAAGCUGGCGAAAGAUCCAGAUGUGUAUCAGCGGGCGUUGGAGAAGGUGAAGAACGGAGAGUUGAGCGACAACGACAGAGAGCACAUUGAGCGCGACUUGAAUCGCACGUUUCCGGAUAACAUCCGAUUCAAGCCAGAUCCUGUGCCCACGGAGGAGGCCAAGGCAAGCACUGGCGGAGGAGGGAGUGAGGAAGUGCCAAAGCGCAAGAGGAUUCGUCACUCCGUCGAGCCCGAGACGCCCAUGGUGCAGGCCUUGAGAAGGGUACUGCAGGCCUUUGCGGCGCACAACCCACAGAUCGGAUACUGCCAGUCGCUCAACUUCAUCGCCGGUCUGCUCCUCCUCUUUCUAGACCAGGACGAAGAGAAGGCAUUCAUCCUCAUGGACAUCGUAACGACCACCCACCUCCCCGGCACACACGGCAUCGCCCUCGAAGGCGCCAACAUCGACAUUGCAGUCCUCAUGAACUGCGUCAAGGACUCCCUACCCGCCAUCUGGGCCAAACUCGACGACAACGGCGGCUCGUACCUCGCGCAAAACAUCUUCCCAGGAGCGGAAGCCCUCCGCCUCCCGACCAUCAGCCUCGCCACGACAGCAUGGUUCAUGUCUCUCUUCGUCGGCACGCUCCCCAUCGAAUCCGUGCUACGCAUCUGGGACUGCCUCUUCUUCGAAGGCAGCAAAACGCUCUUUCGCAUUGCGCUCGCGAUUUUCAAAUUCGGAGAAAAGGCCGUUCUCGCUGUGCACGACCCCAUGGAGAUUUUCCAGGUCGUGCAGACCAUCCCCCGCAGCAUGUUGGACAUCAAUGCGCUGAUGGAGGUGUGUUUUCGUCGCAGGGGAGGGUUUGGGCAUGUGAGUCAGGGGAUGAUUGAGGGAAGGAGG